AUGGCCCAGCUCGUCAAGGAGCCAGCUGGUGCUCCUGAAUCACCGAGGCCUCCCAUCCACCCACGCUGUCACCAGCAGGUGGGGACUGUCAGCCACUUUCUGGAAAAUCUCAGCAAGUCAGCAAGGCAAGUUGAAAGAAGGAGCCAGUACCUCUCUGGGAGAGCUGUCCCUCCAGAGCCUGCCGGGGAAGAAGGAGCCUGGGAACUGACUUCACGCAGCGGAGUGGAAGCCUCAGAGCAGGAGAAGGUCCUGAAGGCCCGGCUCAGGCCUGGCGAGUCAGGCUCCAAGGGGUCCUCCCUCACACACGCAGGCUCUGGGCUGGCAGCUGCUUUGGUUGUCUCCCCCACGCUCUCGGAAACCCUAGGUUCUAGGUUAUUGUAUCAGACCAAGAACAAAAUCCACGCAGCAGUGAGCUGUGUUUUCCUCCCACGCAUCCGUCUGUCCAAGUUGCUCCAGGUCCACAGCCAUGAGCAGAGCCGUGACAGGAGCUGCUGCUAUCCUGUCACCGUAACAGGGCGGAGAGGGCACUCACUGUUUGUCUCCAGAAAACCAGACCCCUGUGAGGUCAAGUGGCCCAUCCAAGGGCUGCUGCCAGAUCUCAGCCUCGGAGGUUUCCCUGAAACAGAGCCAACGCCCGCAAAGACCUGGGCAGACCGCAGGGGCCAGGGGAUCAGGGGACCAGGUCCCUCAGAAGAGUCAGAAAAAUGCUCCCAGGAGGACGCCAGGCUGCUGAGGCCUGUGGCUGACACCAGGGGGCAGGGCGGGGCGGCGGGGACAGCGGCCGGAGGAGGGAGCCGCCCAGACCCAGCCCGGGGGCGAACGAAGGGCGGGCGUGGUGGGCGCCUGCUAGCUCCGGCUUGCGGUGUUGCGCCUUUGCGACAUCGCUCGGGGAGGGGAGAGCCCCGGGCCCGGCCGCCCCGCGCCGUGGCCGGGAAGGGGGACACAGCGCACGCGUGCGGCGCCCGACGGCGUCUCCCAGCACGCCCGAGCCCCCGUGCAGGCGGCGGCCCGGCCCCUUUCCAAGCACAACAGCGGCCCCGCCGCGGCCCCGCGCUGACCCACUUUCCCUCCCGCCUCCUCGGCCCGAGGCCGAGAAUCCAGCGGCCGCCGCCAAGCAGCCCUUCCUGCCUGACCUCUGCCACCGAUGGGCGAGCCCCGUUGCUGGGAGGCGGUUCACUACGGAGCCUGGACCCUCCUCCAAGUUCAGCCCGCCGGAGGCGUGUGCACUUUCAGAUGAGGGCACUUGUUCACCGAAUGACCAUCUCAUCCCAUCAGUUGAAGACCUUAAGAGAAAAGAGACUGACCUGCUCCGAGCAAGGAGGAAUUCUGCUAGCAGACUGCUCGUGAACUCCAACUUGGAAUAUCAGUCUCCAGCCUACCAGCUUACUCUGCAGAUUUUGGAUUUACCAAGCCUCCACAAUUGCAGAAGCCAAUUCCUUAAAAUAAAUCCCUUAAAACAGUUCCCUAAAAUAAAUUCUUCAAAAUUCCUUAAAAUAAAUAUGUGUGCAUGUGUGUGUCUGUGUAUAUAUAUAUCCUAUGUAAUGUCUAAUAUAGAUCUAUAAUAUAUAUUAGAUAAAUAUACACAUAUUUUUCAUAUAUAUGUGUGUGUGUGUGUGUGUGUGUAUGUUUCUCCUAUUGGUUCUGUUCUCUGGAGAACCUGACUAAUACUGAAACAGAUCUGUUUUUUCAUCUACCCUCUGUAUCAUCGGGUCUCUUUGUUAGAACAGGUGAGCCUUACCCUAACUAAUUCAGAGGUGGAUUCGUUUUCAUGCAUGUAGCUACUUCUUGUUUAGCUUCUAUUAUCUGCCUGUAUUUUAAGGUUCUUUGUCUUCAUAUGACUCCAGGAAUGUUAUAUAUUAAGUAUAUUAACCUUUUGACUAUUUUAUGUGUUGCAAACAUCUUCUUGCAGUCAGUCACUUGUCUCUUUAUUUUAUUUGGAGUGGCUUUCGACCUAGAGCAGUGGUCCCCAAACCCAGGGCCGCAGACUGUUCUCUGUCUGUGGUUUGUUAAGAACCAAGUUACAUAGCGAUGAGUGGCAGGCGCGGGAGCAUGACUGCUUGAGCGCCGCCUCCUGUCAGAUCAGCAGUGGAAUUAGAUUCUCAUAGGAGCACAAACCCUACUGUGAACUGUGCGUGUGAGGGAUCUAGGUUGCGCCCUCCUUAUGAGACUCUAAUACCUGAUGAUCUGAGGUGGAACAGGUUCAUCCUGAAACCAUCCCCACCUCAGUCCGGGCCUGUGGAAAAAUUGUCUUCCACGAAACCGGUCCCUGGUGCCAAAAAGGCUGGGGACUGCUGACCUAGAAGAUAUAUUAGUUAUGACUCUUGGUGCAUACUCGUGACAGAAAUCCCGCUCAACCUAGUAUAAUGCAGAGGACAGUUCACUGAGCAACUCAAAAAUUGCCACCCUUAUAAUAUUGAAGCUUCCCACAGGAAACAUAACACAUCUCUCAAUGUAUGUCCUUUAAUACGAUUAAAAAUGUGUCUUCACACAGGUUCUCCAGAACUUUGGUUAUGCCUAUGCCUGGAUUAUUUGUGAUUGUUGUUGGUUGUGCAAAUGUCCUCUCCUAUUGAUUAUUUAUGGGUAUCUAUGGAAAGUAUUGGUUUUUGUGUAUUUGCUCUGUGCCCACUUGCCAUCUGCUCUGUGCCCACUUGCCAUCUGACUGGUUCUUAUAUUUUAUUGACCCUUCAGAGGAUAUGAAUUAUGCUGAUUUUAAUGUC